CGCUGACAUGAGGCACCAUGCCGGGCUGGUGCCUUGUGCUGCUUCUGUUGGCGCACCAGGCGCCUCUGGGAGGCUCGGAGCCCUUCGAGGUCAUCUUUCCUUCCUCAGUCCUCAGCUGUGAUGAGGCUUGUUGGAACGAGGGAACGCUGGUUCUACAGUUUCAGCUUCAUCUUCACGGAAGCUUCAGGACACAGAAGCACCUUUGGAGCUUCAGGGUUUCAUUGCAGGACGCCAUGAGUCCUUCCGCUGCGCGAUGCAGCCUUGGGCCGAGCGAACCCUUGCCUAUUGAUUCUCAUUGCCAGGAAACUCACGGUAUCGGCUCGUUGUCUUGUAUGGUUGACCUCAACCGAGUAGUGGAGGGGAGGUACAAGGUGAAUGUUUCAUUCUUCAGCAGUGCGGUGUCGCCCAGUCUCUAUCUAGGAGCGCAAUCUCAUGAUCUUCUUGUUCUCAGAAUCCCGCAUGUUGUCAUCGUAAAACCCAGACCAGAGGCCGAUCAUGCCAUGAAGGGGCAGGAGGCGGAAUUCCAAACGGAGUUCACUGUUCACACGGAUACGACCUCGAGGUUUCUGCGGAUUUAUGCUGUGGAGAUUUUAGUCGGCGACAUGGUGGUACAUCGUGAGUCGGACAAGUUAGAAGAUGGAGGAAUUUCUUCUCGGCAGAUGCUCUAUCCCCAGCACGUCCGCUUGAAGCAUGAGCUGAAGGUACCACCAGGUUGUCACAACUUCUCUUUCACUCUAAAUUCAACAGCACUAGCAUUUUC